AUGGCGGACUCUCAGAUCAAACAUGGCGUGUCCAAAGGCUUCAACUACGGAACUGCCGUCGUUUACAAAGGUCUGGAGAGGGCUAUUUCACUCACCAAGAAUCAGACGCUUGUGGACUUCUACGAAGGUCAGAUGUCUAUUGUUCAGGACAACGGCACUAUUACAGGAUACAACUAUAACUAUUCACUGGACCAAUACCGUUUCGGCAUGAACCUUCUCUACUGGUACGAAAGGACAGGCGAGGAAAAAUACAAACUCGCAGCUGAUGGCAUCCGAGCCAUGCUCCACACGCACCCGCGCAACCUGGAAGGAGGGUUCUGGCACCGCAGCCCGACCUAUCCAGACCAGAUGUGGGGCGACGGCAUCUUUAUGGGGGACUCGUUCUACGCGAGACACACCUCCCUCUUCCAAAGGGACAACACGUCAGCCUGGGAUGACAUCACACUCCAGUACGACCUGUACCAGAGACACUGCGGCCGCAACGCCACCUCGAGGCUGCUCAAGCACGGCUAUGACGAGAGCAAGGUAGCCGUGUGGGCAGACCCGGUCACGGGGGCCUCGCCGCUGGUCUGGGCCCGCGCGGACGGGUGGUUCCUGACCUCUCUGGUCGAGACCCUCGAGGUGAUGCCGCGGGCCCACCCUGGCUUCGCAAGGCUGGCUGGCCAUGUCCAGAGUCUCGCGGAGGGGCUCCGGCGGGCACAGGAUCCCUCGACUCGAGGCUGGUGGCUGGUCAUGGACGAGGAGUACGUCGGCGCGGCGGGUAACUACAUCGAGUCCAGCGCCACCGCCAUGUUUGCCAGCGGGCUCUUGCAGGGCGUCAGGCUUGGGUUUCUGGACGCAGACGUCUACCUUGGCGCCGCAGAGAAAGCGUACGAGAUGAUGGUGGCGAAAUGGGUUGUGGAGGACGCGGACGAUGGCACGCUGAACUGGGAAGACACUGUCGAGGUUGGGAGCCUGGGCAGCAACGCUAGUUUUCAGUACUACACUUCGGAACCAACAGAUGAGAAUGAUUACAAGGGGAUUGGUCCGUUCAUGUGGGCGAGCUAUGAAUAUGAACUCUUGUAG